AUGGAGCCAAACACUAAGCUUGUCUUUAUUACCUUGGUUUUAGCCUUGACACUCACGGCAGCAACCGGAGAGUUAUGCGGUAUGAGCGUUGCUGAUCUGUACUCUUGCAAGCCCUAUGUGCAGACUAAGAACCCAUUGACCACCCCCAUUGAUCCAAAGGGCUCUUGCUGCACUGCCCUGGCCAAAGCCGACGUCCAGUGUCUUUGCAAGCAGAAAACCAAAACCAAUCCUUUUCUCAGUGGAAUCAACUUAGACCUCGCUUCUAAACUCCCGGAGAAGUGUGGUUUAUCUAAGGCAACUUGCUAAGGCAGAUUUUCUUUUGGAAGGUUUCGCUUUGUGUCUUGAUUUUCUUCAUGAGUCCACUGUUCUCGUAUCUGUUGCUGUUGUUAUUCUGUGUUGGCUUGAUGUUGUGUCAGUUGUUGUUGUUGUCUUAACUGCAUUGUAUUGGUGUUUCUUGAUUUCUUCAAAAUAAUAAAACCAAAACUAUAUAUUA